CUCCCAUGGCUCGUCGUUAACGGUCGUGGUGGUGGUGCUGCUAGCGGUGCCGGCCCACGUCGAGCCAAAAAUAACAGCGGGAAGGCGCAAGGGACCCUGCGCGGCUCCUGCCAACCCCGCCCUGAGAUAUUUUGAGUACACGCAUACGCGCUUGCUUGCUGCAGCCAAACCAUAUUAAUAUGCCUAUGCGGGAGCCUGCUGCUUGUCUGACUGCAUCUUGACUUGACGUCGUCGACGAAGAUUGCCUGCAGCUUGCUUGCUUUUCUGCUUCUGCUUCUUCCUCUCUUCCUCUCUUCUGCUUCUUCCUAGUCUUCUUCUACCUAUUACCCAGUCUCUUUCUUCUCCUUCUGCUUCUGCCGUCGAUUGAGUUGAUCUCAUCGCGCACACGAGAAAAAAAAGAAUCCAUCACGAAGAGACGACCUCACCGACUUAUAUCUCUUACCUACCUACUCUUACACCCUUGACCGUCGUCAACGCCAUCAUGCGCUUCUUCUCCGCGCUCGCCGUCCUGGCCCUCGCGCCGUCUUGCCUGCUCGCCCUCCCCACCGGCCAGCAGGAACGCCGUUGGAACGUCGACAGCGCCGACUCCAGCUCCGGCCUCGACUCGCUCCUCUCCAAGGUGUGGCAGGAUGCCGCGACCUGCGACCUCAGCUCCGUUAGCAUGCCGUUAGACCAAACCGCCACGCCCCUCCCCUCCCCCGCCUCAAACCUCACUCUCCGACACGUCGCUGUCGGCCGAGGCACGCAAAACUACACGUGCGCAGGGCUGCCCUCAACCUCCGAGCCGCAAGCGCUCGGCGCCAAAGCCACCCUCUUCAACGCGACGUGCACAGCGGCGCACUCACCCUCCCUCCUCGCCAGCACGCCAGGCAUAGCUUUGCGGUACGCGGUCCCCUCCGCCCGCAGCGCGCUGGCCGCCUACGACGCCCUGCUCAGUGGGCACCACUUCUUCAGCGACGCGUCGUCGCCGGUGUUCGAUCUCGACACGGCAGGGCACGCGUGGGGCGUCGCGCGGGUCAAGAAGGACAGCUCGACGGACGCGCCGGAGAGCGCGGGCUCCGACGCUGUCCCUUGGUUAAGACUCGUGGCCAAGGAUGGCAACGAGGCGUAUGGCGAGGUGUUUAGGCUCGAGACGGUCGGUGGCCAGCCACCGGAUACGUGUGAGGGCCAGACGGGCGCGUUCGAAGUCGAGUAUGCCGCUACUUAUUGGUUUUGGGCGUAGGGCUGGGGUGGUGUUGGCCCGGUUUGUUGUUGCUGUUGCUGUUGCUACUGCUACGGCCUCGAGAAGAGGCGGCGGAGGAAAAGGGGGAGAAGGGAGAUGCCACUCUCCCACCCUCCGCCCACCAGCUGUGCUUUUUUCUGUUUUCCUUCAGGCUAGAUGAUACCUCUCUGUUUCUCCUUCGAUUUCCAUUUCGAUUUCCCUUUCCAUGUACCUAUUCAGCUUUCUUCCUUUCCUCCACGCGCACUAGGCGCCCUGGCUCAGCCUCCAAUAGGUAGUUCCAUCCAAGUCCCAUCCAUCCAUCCAUCCAACCAUCUAAGCAAACCAAACCAACCCAAACCAAAAACGCUUAGAUGAUCUAUUAAAAGAAAACAAAGAAAAAUCUUCAAAACAAAGUGGAAACGCGCCUGAAACCCCGUCCGUCGGCGG